AUGUCACCCUCACGCCGCCCUAGAGACACCAGCGACCUCUUCCCCAUCCAGGUCAUGACAAGCAUCGAGUUCAAGUCCAUCCUGGAGCACAAAUCCCUACCCAAAAAGUCCAAAGUCGAAAAGAAGACAUCAGCGGCCGCGAAGCGGGCAGCCGCCGCCGCCGCCGCCGCCUCCACAACCAACAAGGAGGCAGACAGCAAAGCAGACAGCCCGAAGCAAAAGGCGCGAGGGCGCGCGCCAACGAAGGACAAACUAGCGAAGGAGAAGAAGGGGCCGUAUAAUGGCUAUGGAUGGAUCUGGCAGGACGACUUUAUCGAGUACUUGCAGCGAGACAGAGAGAUCAUGCAGUACAUACGCCAGCUCAUCCUCAACAGCCCAUUCUGGGGCUGCGGGGCCGUGCCCGAGUACUACUCUGGUGACCAGAGCUGCUGGUUCGAGCAGCUGUGUGGGUAUUUGUAUUUGUAUGGGUAUAGGUAUGGAUAUGAGACGGAGGGGCUGGUGCCGAUGGAGACGGUGCCGGUGCCGAUGAAGAUGGAGGUGGAAAUGGGGAUGAAGAUGGAGGUGGAAAUGGGGAUGAAGAUGGAGGUGGAGAUGGAGAUGGAGCCUGUGGAGUAUGUGCACGGUGUUGGUGUUGUGUAUAUGAACGGUGUGUAUGCCCCGCUUGCGUGUGCGCUGGUACCGCCGGAGUACCAGGUGGAGGAGGUGUGGUGGGAUGGUGGGUGUGGGUAUGGGGAGGUGUAUGAGGACAUGUCAUGUGAAGGGGUACUGUAG